AUGGACAAGAUCUCAGUGUCGCAUCUUCAUCCCGGGCCCCUGCCAGCCCUGAAACUGACCCUCUCCCCAGGGACAGCGCUGCCCAGCCCUCCAUCCGUGUGGUUCGAAGCAGAGUUUUUCCGCCACAUCCUCCACUGGACGCCCAUCCAGAAUCUGUCAGAAAACACCCGCUAUGAAGUGGAGCUGCUGAGGUAUGGGAUGGAGUCCUGGAGGUCUGUGUCCAGCUGCAGCCAGACCCCGGUGCCGUCCUGCGACCUCACCAUGGCCACCCUGGACCUGUACCACAGCAACGGCUACAGAGCCAAAGUCCGGGCCGUGGAUGGAGGCCAGCGCUCCAACUGGACUGUCACCGAGACCCGCUUCUCCGUGGACGAAGUGAGCCUGACGGUGGGCAGCUUGGAGCUGGAGGUACACGACGGCUGGGUCCUUGGAAAGAUCCAGCCGCCCAGGCCCAAGGUGGCCCCUGCAGGCGACACCUACGAGAGCAUCUUCCCCCACUUCCGCGAGUACGAGAUCCAGAUUCGCAAGGUGCCCGGACGCUAUGAGUCCACAAACAAGAAGGUGAAACACGAGAACUUCAGCUUCCCGACCAACGGCGAGUUUGGGGAGUUCUGUGUCCGGGUGAAGCCGGCUGUGAGCUCGCGCCUGAACAAGGGGAUCUGGUCGGAGGAGGUGUGCCUCCUGCUCACCUGGCAGUAUUUCACCAUGACCAACCUCAUCGUCUCCUUCACCCUCGUCCUGCUGCUCUGCGGGGCCAUGGCCCUCCGCCUGUACCUGCGGCACCCGAGGAAGCUGCCCGCCGUCCUGGUCUUCGGGAGGCCCAGUCCCUUCAGCCCGGUCAGCCAGCUCCCCCGCCCAGAGACGCGCGACACCAUCCAUGCCGUCGAUGAGCAGGCCCUCGCCAAGGUGUCCCCGGAGCUGAGGAACUCCGAGCUGCACGGCAGCACCGACAGCGGCUUCGGCAGUGCCAAGCCGUCCUUACAGACCGAGGAGCCCCAGUUCCUCCUCCCGGACCCCCUCCCCCAGGCCGGGGGCACCCUGGGAAAGGGGGCCUCCCUGGAGCCCGAGAGCAGCUGCAGCAGUGCCAGCACCGACAGCGGCAUCUGCCUGCAGGAGCCCAGCCUGAGUCCCGGCGCGGAGCCCUGGGUGCAGCAGGCGGGGGGCCAGGGCCAGGAGGACAGCGGCAUUGGCCUCGCCCACCACUCUGAGGGGCAGCCUGGGGAUGGACGGGGUGACUCAGCCUUGGGCCACGUCGGUCCCCGGGGGCCUGAAGCAAUGGAGGGAGAAGACCCGGCUGUGGUGGAAUUUCAGGGCUACCUGAAACAGACCAGAGGCAGGGAGGAGCAGGCAGCCACGGCGGGCUGCCUGGAAGAAGAGGCCUCCUCAGCCGAUGGCCUUGUCCCCCAACUCAGGAUGUGCCUGGAUGCCAAGGAAGCCUGGUCCCCACCAGCCUUGGACAAGGGCUACUUGAAACAGGACCCCCCAGAAGUGGCUCUCGCUCCCUCAGGGGCCCUGGCUGGACAGUGGAACCCUACAACUGAGGAAUGGUCACUCCUGGGCUUGACUAGCUGUGGGGACCUGGGGACAUCUGAGUGGAGCUUUGCCCAGGAUCUCGCCCCUCUGGGCUGCGUGGCGGCCCCGGGCGGCCUCCUGGGCAGCUUCGACGCAGACCUGGUCACCCUGCCCCUGAUUUCCAGUCUGCACGCCAGUGAGUGACUCAGAAGAAGGGGCUGCCUUUGACUUCAGCCAUGCCCUGCGGGUCUGAGGAGGGGCCCGGGUCAGAGAGGGCAUGAUGCCAGCCUGGGCGCUGCUCUCUGCUGUGCCGGGCCCUGCAGGUUCUGGCGGAGCCUCCUCCCUCCCGGGACUCGGCCUGUGACAAGGGUUGUUUGCUCAGGGAAUUGGGGUUUCCUGGAGUCGGGGUGAGGCCGCCGGGCUGAAGUCAGCUCCCAGCCAGGCCUUGCCCUGAAGCCAGGCUUGUGUCAAGGCCUCACAGCAGGCUCAUGUCUAGGGGGAAAGGAGAGAGCAGUGACCACGUGUGCCUCUGAGUGGUCAGCUGGCCACCACCCAGCCUGGGAAGGUCCCGGGGAGGAGCUCCCGCAUCGCAGGCCUCCCCGGUCAGCUCUCAGGACGGAGCCGGUGGGGGAUGAAAGGAACCGAGCCCCGAAAGGGCCUGUGGCUCAGAACCCGCCCUCCGGGUGUCCUGUCCGUGUGCAGACACCUCCCUCUCCCCAGCAAGGAGAGCGGCCGCUCUGGGGUCCCUACCGAGGCCACCCCCCCCCCGCCCCCGGGCCACACCCCUGACAGCAGCAGUGAAACCUCGGCAAUUUGCAUUGGUCACAUCUCAGCCAGCAGGCAGCCCCUGGGUGUGGGCACCAGCUGGUCUGCCCCGAGGCUGAGGUUGGCACCUGCCCGUGUUUGCCACUGACGCCCAGCUGCGGACCCAGAGGACGGGGCGCGGGCUGUGCGCCCUGCUCUCCAUGCUCAGCUGCACGACCUGGCCUCCCCUUGGGCCUGCUCCCACCAGUGAAAUGA